AUGAGUCGUGUUUCCUAUCGAGCAUCCUCCGGAGGAGCUAACAGAGGCUUUACCUCCGGCUCUGCAAUUGUCGGUGGUGGUGGCGGCGGUGGCGGGAGAACCAGUUUCAGCUCCUACUCUGUCACUCGAGUUGGAGGAGCAAGAGGUGGAGGGGGUGGCGGCUAUGGACUUGGUGGAUUUGGCAGCCGAAGCCUGCACAACAUGGGUGGAAGCAAACGAAUUGCCUAUAGUACCAUUGGUGGAGGUCUAAGAUCUUGUUACGGUGGAGGAGGAUAUGGCUUUGGUGGAGGAGCUGGUUUUGGUUAUGGUAUGGGCGCAGGUGGAGCUGGCUAUGGUAUGGGUGGGGGUCCUGGGGGUGGCUUUAUGGUAGGUGGACCAGGUUUUGUAAGAGCUGGUCCAGGUUAUCCAGUUUGCCCCCCUGGUGGCAUCCAAGAAGUGACCAUCAACCAGCACCUCUUGCAACCCCUCAAGCUUGAGAUUGACCCAGAGAUUCAACGAGUGCGUUCUCAAGAAAGAGAACAGAUCAAGACACUCAACAACAAAUUUGCCUCCUUUAUUGACAAGGUCCGAUUCUUGGAGCAGCAAAAUAAAGUCCUUGAGACCAAAUGGGAACUCUUACAACAGCAGGGGACGACUGUUCGACAACACAACAUUGAGCCUCUUUUUGAGGGAUAUAUUAACAACCUCAGGAGGCAGCUGGAUUCUCUACUAAAUGAACGGGGAAGACUUGACUUAGAACUGAGGAAUAUGCAAGACAUGGUGGAGGACUUUAAGAACAAAUAUGAAGAUGAAAUUAACAAGCGAACAGGUGCGGAGAAUGAAUUUGUAGUGCUCAAGAAGGAUGUGGAUGCCGCCUACAUGAACAAGAUUGAACUUGGUGGCAAGUCAGACUCCCUGACUGAUGAAAUGGAGUUCUUGAAAGCACUGUUUGAGGCGGAAUUAGCUCAAAUGCAACAGCAAGUAUCAGAUACCUCUGUCAUAUUGUCCAUGGACAACAACAGAAACCUGGACUUGAAUAGCAUAAUUGCUGAGGUCAAGGCGCAGUAUGAAGAUAUUGCCAACAGGAGCAGGACUGAGGCUGAAUCAUGGUAUCAAAGCAAGUAUGAAGAACUACAGGUGACUGCUGGGCGCCAUGGCGAUGACCUUCGCAGCACAAAGACAGAAAUUUCUGAGCUUAACCGGAUAGUCCAAAGACUGCGAGGUGAAAUUGAUGCCUUGAAGAAACAGUGUGCCAACCUUCAGGGAACCAUUGCUGAGGCUGAGGAUCGUGGCGAACUUGCCCUCAAGGAUGCUAAACAAAAGCUGAGUGAAUUGGAGGAAGCUCUACAGAGAGCCAAGCAAGAACUAGCCCGACAGCUGAAGGAAUACCAGGAGCUCAUGAAUGUCAAGCUGUCCCUCGACAUUGAGAUUGCCACCUACAGGAAGUUGCUAGAAGGAGAAGAAAUCAGGCUGGCAGAAGGUGUUGGAAAUGUGAGCUAUUCUGUAGUCAGCAGCACCACUACCGCUGGAUACGGCGGCGGAAGCGGCAUUGCGUUGGGAGGAGGAUUCAGUGGAGGAUCUGCUGGAAGACUCGGAGGAGGAUUUGGAGUUGGAGUCAGUGGUGGUGGUGGUGGUGGUGGCGGCGGCUAUGUCAUUAGCUCCGGCAGCAACUAUGGUGGAAGUGGGUUUGGCUCCAUGAUCAGCUCUGGAGGUGGGAGUAGUUACGGUUCUGGAAGUGGGUUUGGCUCCAUGAUCAGCUCUGGAGGUGGGAGUAGUUACGGUUCUGGAGGAGGUCGCCUUUCCUCAGGUGGAGGAGGAAGUUCCAGUGUGAAAAUUGUAUCAAAGACCAGUACAAGCAGGAAAACUGCCUAUUAA